UGUUGCUGUUAACUAAGGUUUAGCCAUAUACGGAUAGUGAUAACGAGUAUUUCUUUAUAAUCAUUUGUAGUAAAUAAUCUUCACGCUGAUUAUUUAUAUAUCAACAGUAUAAUGGCUGAUCAAUGAUCUGUAUCAUUUUAUGUAAAUAAGCGAGAAAGGCAAAUAUGACCUCAAGACCCCAAAUCGCUCAAGGUGUGGCUCGUAUGUUCUUUAAUAGUGUUGCCCAAAUGAACACGCAGCUAUUUGACUGAUCGAACAGCAAUUAUUUCACUUGCCUGCUCACAUGAUCAUCGCUAACAUGGAAUUGUUGACAUUUAAGAAUGCAGAAAUCAAAUGUGAAUAUUCAUGUUGUUUGUUGAUUCAGUCGAGGGGGCGUGGGCGCUCUGCACAUAUAUACUUCUUUUAAUUGAUAUCAAGAAUUGAAUGUUCGGUUUGUUUAUUCACGCAGUAUUGAAAAUAAUGAUGCAAAGAACAGUAUUAACCUGUUUCAUCAUGCUAUCAUUCAUAUCCUACGUUAACAUUAAACAUCCUCACACUCCGCUGCUGGUUGACGAUGAGUAUGGUUUCCAUGACAUGUGUUACAAUGAGUCCGAGAUUCAAACUUCAAAUUUGGACUGCUUAGCCGAUGGAGGAUUUGGGUUGGAGAAUGACUAUGCGCAGCCACUUUCUUCAUCCCAAAACAGCCAACUGCCUUCUGGAAGUUAUCAGAUGGAUCGUGAGAAGAAUAUGGAAAGGACGAGUCUGGGUGGUGUUGGUGACCUGUUUACCCCUACCCAGGAGAAAGCUCCCGCAUCCGGUCUGAACAUGUCUGCCUCCAGCAGCGACACCUCAAACUCUGUGUUGUAUGCUGACAUACCAGAACCUCCCAACGGGAUCGGCGAGAUUUAUAUGUCCCAAAUCUCUUCUAGCAAGAAAUCUGCGUGUGACAACCUGGCGAGUGUCCGUGAUCUGCUCCGGGUUGAAGACAAGGUCUCUUCCCUUGCUACACAGAUUGCGGUCGAGAAACUGACUCACAAACGAUCCUGCUCUGUCAGUCGCUCAGGAGUUGCCUGCCUGUGUGGGCUACUCCACAGGCGAGUAAGGAGGAAGUGUGGUGGGUCGUCAGCCCAGUGUCCCGUGGAUAAGAAGCAGAAGGGGAAAGCAGUCUCGAAGCCAGUAACAAAACCAGCAAGAAGAAGAAAAGGUAGAAAGAAGAGGCAGAAGUAUCCAGUAAAACCACCAAAAAUCUCUAGCAGAUAUACCAGUAGAAAACCAGCAACAUUAAAUUCUAGAGCUGCUACACCGAAGAAGAGCCAAUCUACAAGAGCAGCUCCAAAGACAGCUAAAUCAGCUAAGGAAUCCACAUCAAAAAAGGGACGAUCUACCAGGGCUUCCCCAAAAGCAGCUACCCAAUCGAAAGCCCCCACACAUAAAAAGGGUCGCUCCACAAGGGCUGCAUCUCAACCAGCCACACCGAUGAAGGUCGCUGUUACUCAAAGAGGCCUUUCUAGACUCCGUUCAAAGGCUGCUCUGAAAGCUGCUAGCCAAGGCAAACACAAGGUCGGAGAAAAGAGAAAACCAAGUUCGGUGAAGGCUGCCACCCCGGUCAAAAAAGCAACAAGGUCCAAGAAAAAGACCAGUGCAGCACCGAUAAAACAAAAAGUGGUGCCCCCGGCUGUGAAGGACCGCUUAAAUAGAAGGACGGUCAACUCAAACCCCAAGAAGACUGCAACCGCUGGUAAAGCCAAACCAGCCUCCGGACAGAGAAGAAGUGAACCAGCAGCGAAACCUACCCCGGCUAAGAAAGCAGUUAAUAGAACACCAGUUAAACCUACCCCGGCUAAGAAAGCAGUUAAUAAAACACCAGUCAAACCAACCCCGGCUAAGAAAGCAGUUAAUAGAACACCAGUCAAACCUACCACGGCUAAGAAAGCAGUUAAUAGAACACCAGUCAAACCUACCCCGGCUAAGAAAGCAGUUAAUAGAACACCAGUCAAACCUACCCCGGCUAAGAAAGCAGUUAAUAGAACACCAGUCAAACCAACCCCGGCUAAGAAAGCAGUUAAUAGAACACCAGUCAAACCAACCCCGGCUAAGAAAGCAGUUAAUAGAACACCAGUCAAACUUACCCCGGCUAAGAAAGCAGUUAAUAAAACACCAGUCAAACCAACCCCGGCUAAGAAAGCAGUUAAUAGAACACCAGUCAAACUUACCCCGGCUAAGAAAGGAGUUAAUAGAACACCAGUCAAACCCCAAAAACAUGUUACAAGAGCUCGUCGAUAGUUCCUUAGCUAUAGGUGUACAUCUAUAGUACAAUGCCGAAUGAUCUUUACAGACAGUUGUAUAACAAUAGUACAAUGUUUUUACUAUUACUCAAUCUUUACACAGGAGAUGACUGUGUUGAUUGUGUUCAUACACUUACGUUUACUUGGAUUUGAGUACUUGCCGUAGCCAUUUACAUGCCUAUGUAAAUUACUAGACGUGAUUUUAUGACGUUUUCAUCAUUUUAAUGACAAAGAGGAUAUUAAGUGUUUGUUUUAGUGUAUUAUCGUAAAAUAUUCCACCGAGUGAGCACUAAAAGUCAGAUUAUAAGUUAAAAAUGCAGUCUGUAUGUGCAUGUUAAGAACGUCGUGAUAUUGUGUCUUUGUUCUUGCUGCACUCAUGUUCCAUUUAAACAACAGAACGGGUUUAUUUUUCAAAACAUUGAAAAAUACUAAAUUGAUAUUUGUACUGUUUGAAACAGUCUAGUAUCAUUUUUAUUUCCACUAAAUAAAUCCUAGAAAUCACAUGAAAACAUAAAGUAAAUCAUGAUAUUUCAUUUCGCAUUGUUAAAAAUAAAAACAUUUCUUAUUUCUUUCGAUAUUGGGUAAAUCACGAUAUGUCAUCAUUGGCCUUUUCACUUUUUGUGAGCUUUUAAGUAAAGUUUUGUUUUGUCUACGUUGUAAUGUUGUCUUUAGUUGUGUGUUUAGAUAUUUUCAUCACUGCUAAUUUUGUAUGUGCUCAUUGCUAAAAAAAAUGGAUAUUGAAGGCGUAUGAAAUGUAUUGAAUGUUUAUCUUACUGAUCAUAGACAACAAUCUCGCAGCCAAACAUCGGGCCAACGAGAGUGACUUAGUAUAAGUUAUCACAACUUCCUUCACAAUCGUUGAAACAUAAAUGUUCAAAAAAAGUUCAUGAUCCGAAUAAGGGGAACUUCAGUUGUAAAUUAUACAUGUACUUUUUACAAGCGUGUGAUCUCACAACUGACACAAGGAAGACUCCACUUAUUCUCAACACCUGUACAAAUACCGGCAUCAUAAAAUAAUCACAUACCGAAUUGGAAUUUAUUCUCAAAUUUCCAGGAUGAAUUACAAGGUAAACAUGUUCUUGACAAAACCACGUUUCGGAUAUUGAUUGCAUAUACAUUUAAGGUCUUUCUUUGGGGUACAUUUGUCACAAGAAGAGAAAAAAACACGAUUUCAAAAAAAAGUUGAUCUAAUUUGUGUUGUAUAGGUUGAUAAAUUCUUAAGAAACAAACUUUCUUUAUUACUUUUUUGCCGUCACUUUAUAUUUUUUAAAUCUUUCUUGUUAGUUUCCAUGCACAAUAUGUAUUCCAAAUAAAAUUCAUUUUUGCUCAUCUAAAAAGCCGCAGUCCCGUUCAAAAAUAGCGAAUAAAUACC